AUGACGACGGGGGAGCAGACUUGUCCUGCUAAAGACAACGUUGAACGGAGCGCCGUGCACAAACGUGUCCAAGGGCUGGUUGCAGCUGAUGCGCGAUGGCUUUGCGACGCGGGGCUCAGCCACGGUGAAUUCGUCGAGACCAUGACAACCAGAGAGGACGAGACCGAGGGUCAAGGGCCAAGGCCGAGAGUAGGGUGUUGCGCGUCUUUCCAUGCAGAACGCUCUUUGAAAGCGGGCGGGACGAGAGAGUCCGACGUGAGGCUGAGGCUGAGCGAGAGGCCGAGAAAGCGGAACCAGGAUGGAGAAUCGAACUUUCUUUGGCAGGGCGGAAUGGACGCGAUGAAACGAGCAUUCAAGGGCGAAAACCGAGAUAAGAGCGAGCGAGUCAUUCGGGUCUUGAUCAAGGUCGCGAUGACCAGGGUCGCGAUGAUCAAAUUGGCGUGGGCGUCGAGGACGACGUGCGAGGUGCCAGACCCAGGAGCCAUUGCGCUGACUUGGCUGUGGAUAUCAAGCCCCGAUCGACAGCAUCUCCAAAGACGACGCUGCGGUUGCGACGAGAGUCUCGACCUGGGCGUCGCAGACUCGAGCGUGCGCAUUUUGGUAGGCCAUUUCUCCCGCCGAUUCCAUCUCAACCUCGGUGGAGACGCUGUCGCUACGGACGCGCGUCUCCGUCCUGAUGAAGCUGGGCUCCCAGCUAGGAAUCGGCGAGCUUUGAGGGGGGCUGGAGGGCGCGGCUCGUGGCACCAAGAGCUGGAAGAGCGUGUCUUGCGACACAAGGAUGUCGCCAGCAAGGCAACAACGCUUUGCCAUGUUGCACUCGAGAGGCACGUCCUUGUCGUCUGCGCAAUGCUUGAGCUUCAUGCGUCAUUCCAUGUCUUCCUUUUGGCCAUGGAGACAACGCAUGCAAAUCCACAUUGGGACCUCUCUCUGUGGCUGCAGCACCUUCUUGGGCGCUACCGUUGGGCGCAGACGCUUGGCAGCACAAUCUUUGGCGUUGGUGUUGUCGUCGGAGAUACGCUUUACCCCUUGCUCAGAUGGCUGGCAGAUGCAGCCCCUGGCAGCAAAGACAAUGCAAACAGAUCCAGAUGGAAACCUCCUUCUGCGCCUGCUGUGAAUGUCAAGGCUCCAGAAGCCAGGUGCUGUAGCAAUGCUUUGCUGGAAGCUUGCAAUGUCGGUGCUCCUUGGGAAUGUGGCAAGCAGCGUGAUGUUGCCAUCGAACGACACCAUUCCCCAAGACAGCACCGAAAUUCCGAGGAGAAUGUCGACUUGGAUGUCGCAGACUCGAGCGCAAGGGCAGUGCCGCUCUGUGGUGCCCCUAACGGGCUUGGGCUAGAAAGAGCCAAGAAGGUCGAGAUGACUCAAAGCCAUGGUGAAGCUGUCACAGCUUGGUUGCUUUGGAAGGGCCAAGGAUGA